AUGGUUGUUCAAGUACAAACUCUUUACCACACCCCAUCAAGGGAACACGGAAUUGUCGAAACAUUCAGAGACCAUUGUCCAGAUUAUAAAGUUCCCGAGCAAACUGUCGUUAAUGAGAUUGCCUCACUUGUUCAAAGUAUUGAAAAGAAGGAAAACUUUGAUCCAAAUCUAAAAUUCAACCCUGCUAAGCAUAUUAUUUUUAAUCCAGAAUCUUACAAGUCGACAAAGAAAUUUACCCUGCAAGAUUUAAACAUCCAUAAAACACAUGUUAAACCAAUCAAUGAUUUUGGCGCUGUUUUUCCGUUUAAGUUGUUAUCACAGGAAGCUGUAGACAUGCUGCUAUGGGAAGCUUUUCAACCUGCCAUAAUUGAGCAGCAUGCGAGAUUACCAAAUCUAGCAACACAAGCCACAAGACUAGAUUUCCACAUUGGCGACCAUAUUCACAAAUCACCUUUUACCGAAUCACUUACCAAAAGUAAGGAAUUAACGACUAUUGUAUCCAAUUUUGUUGGUUACAAAAUGAAGCCUGUAUGGGAUAGUGACUUUGUUCAUAUCAACGUUAGUUUAGCUUCCACUGAUCCAAGGGAGCAAUUGACAAACUAUCCCCAAACGCAAUAUGAAAUUGAUAAAGAACUGACAAGACAGGACGCAAGUGAUGGGCAAGACAUUCCCUCAACAGUCGGUGUGCACUAUGAUUCAAUCACAGUUCCAUUGGUUAUUAUGUUAGACUUACCGGAAGAAGCACAGGGUGGUCAAACUACAAUUAUCACCGGUGAUAACAAAGCGACUAGGGUCCCAGAACCUCCUAUUGGCUCCGGGACUCUAAUUCAAGGAAGAGUACUGAGACACUUGGCAUCCAAACCAGUCACUAACCAUAACCGAAUCAGUCUUGUUUUGUCUUAUGCAACGGGAGUGGAAGGUGAGCUCGAUAACUGUGUGACUACUUCUGUCAAGCCCUCUGUUUUGCCCAAAAAUGAAUUCAACAAAUUCUAUAGAGAUUGGGCAGAAUAUAAACUGACCAACCUAGAAAAUCACCUGAAAAAAAUCAGAGAAGGUGUAGUUGAUGAUUACAACAACGGUACUGGGUUCCACCAGGAAGAAUUUGUUGAGAAAUGUCAAAACAUUGAGCGUUAUGUUUAUGAUAUUUACAAGGAGAUGGAAUGUCUAGGCUACAGUCCAUAUCCACCACCACUUUUUAGUACCUCAUAUAACGAGCUCUAA